AUGAUCGCCCUCAACCUCGCCGCUCUCUUCUUCCUCUCAAGUCCCAUCCUGGGCGCAGUGAUCAACACAGACUCCAGUAUCCGUGCUCGAUCAAAGCUCGUAGACCCAGCCGUGGUCUUCGACACCUGGUCCGACACCCGGACGUGCAACACCGAUGGAAAGAGCAGCUGGACCAACUCCGACCAAGGCUGUUUCUCGCUUCCUGGGCAGUCGCUCACUGUCAGGAGCAUUGCUGAUACUUGUCGCAGUGAGUACCUCUUGUUGGCCAUAUCCAUAAAAAUACUGCUAAUGGUAGGUUCGUACCUAGCUUUCAUCUAUGGAGACACGGAUUGCAGUGGUACCGAGAUGCAGGUGUACCCUGGGACCUGCUACGACGUCCGGACUUUUCAUACUCUCAAGACUUUUUGUAACUGA